AUGCAAGUAAACGUGAGAGGUGUGGCACUAGGGAUUAAACAUGCGGCAAGAGUGAUGAUUACCCAAGGUGGAGGAGGGUGCAUUAUUUCCAGGACUAGUGUUGCUCCACAUGCUUACACGGCAUCCAUGCACGCCAUUGUUGGGUUGACCACGGCUUGUGAAUUAGGGAGGUAUGGGAUUAGAGUGAAUAGCAUAUCUUCAUUGGUAUUCCAUGAAUUAAUAGAGCAAUGCAUGAAUUCUGGGAGUCCAGGUUCAGCAGACAUGGCAGCUCUAUACCUUGCUAGUGGCGAAGCCAAGUAUGUGAGUGGUCAUAAUCUUGUUUUGGAUGGAGGGUUUAGCAAUUAG